AUGGAGGAGAACCAGCAAAUGGAGCAAAAACCAUCCAUAGAGUCAACCACCAGUAUGUCCUUCUCUUCCCUGUCCUCAAAUACUGAUUUACCUGAGAUAUUUGUUGCUUGGAAUAGUGUUCGGUAUGUUGGGGUAGUAUAUUCUGAAAAUCUAGCAAAACCUUGUGCGUUGAGGGCAGUUGAUUGGAAGAUUUUAGAGGAAUUGAUAUUGGCGGCCCAAGAAUGUGUUUUCGUGAACAUUGAUAGUGAGUUUGAUCUGGAGCAUAUUGUAUCAACUACAAGAAUACUUGGAAGGAAGGUUAAUAUUUUGCUUCGCAUCAAUCCAUAUGUGGAUCCUCAGGUCCAUCCAUAUGUUGCUACUGGAAACAAGAACUCUAAAUUUGGCACCAGGAAUGAGAAGCUGCAGUGGGUUCUGGAUGCUGUAAAGGCACGCCCUAAUGAGCCAAAGCUUGUAAGGGCCCAUUGUCACCUUGGUUCAACCAUUACCAAGGUAGAAAUAUCCAGGGAUGUUGCAGUUCUUAUGGUCAACUACACAGAGAAAUUUGUUCUCAAUGUUUUGCUACUGGAAACAAGAACUCUAAAUUUGGCACCAGGAAUGAGAAGCUGCAGUGGGUUCUGGAUGCUGUAA